AUGAUGGAGAGCCUCCCGCUCGAGACGGCGGAGAAGAUCAUUCUGCGGUGGGACUCGACGGCGUCGGAGGAUGCCCGCGACAAGAUGAUAUUUGCCGGCGACCGCGACGAGGCGGAUCUCUACCUGCAAGCGGUGGACGAAAUCCAGCGAUCCCUAUCCUCCGUUUCCGUCUCGGAGAAAGUCAACUCCGCCAUCCAGAUCGCCAUGGCCCGCUUAGAAGACGAGUUCCGCAACAUCCUCAUCUCCCACACCAACCCCUUCGACCCCACCACCGAAGACGAACCCUCACAAACCCUAGACCCUCCUUCUUCCUCCUCUUCCCCCAGGCACCCUCACAACGACAGCGACGAAAACGACGAAGUGAGCCAAACCUCUCUCCUCCGUUUCCACAGUGAGGGCGCUGCUUCCUCCGUCAAUAGUAGCUACCGCUCCAACAGCUGCAUCCGCGAGAUCGAUCUCAUCCCCUCUGACGCCGUCUACGACCUCCGUUGCAUCGCCGAACGCAUGGUCUCUUCCGGCUACUUGCGCGAGUGCAUCCAGGUCUACGGCAGCGUCAGAAAAUCCUCCGUCGACGCCAGCUUCCGCAAGCUCGGAAUCGAGAAGCUCAGCAUCGGCGACGUGCAACGCCUAGAGUGGGAGCAGCUCGAGAACAAAAUCAGACGCUGGAUAAGAGCCGCGAAAGUGUGCGUCAGAACGCUCUUUGCCAGUGAGAAGAAGCUCUGUGAGCAAAUCUUCGAUGGAGUUGGAACCGCCAUCGAUGACGCAUGCUUCAUGGAGACUGUGAAAGGCCCUGCGAUUCAGCUCUUCAACUUCGCCGAGGCGAUUAGUAUUAGCCGAAGGUCGCCGGAGAAGUUGUUCAAGAUUCUCGAUUUGCACGAUGCAUUGACGGAGUUGAUGCCGGAUAUUGAUAUUGUGUUUGAUUCCAAGUCCUCGGAGUCGAUUAGGGUUCAGGCGGCGGAGAUUUUGUCGAGGUUGGGGGAGGCUGCGAGGGGGAUUUUGUCCGAGUUUGAGAACGCUGUGCUUAGGGAACCUUCUAGGGUUCCUGUUCCUGGUGGGACGAUUCACCCUUUGACUCGGUACGUGAUGAAUUACAUAAGUUUGAUCUCUGAUUACAAGGUUACUUUGAAUGAGCUUAUAGUGUCUAAGCCCUCCACGGGGUCUAGGUAUUCGGGUGAUCCUGGGAUACCUGAUUUGGAUUUGAGUGAGUUUGAGGAGAAGACCCCUUUGGAUGUGCACUUGAUUUGGAUUAUUGUGAUUUUGCAAUUCAACUUGGAUGGGAAGAGUAAGCACUACAAGGACGCGUCUUUGGCCCACUUGUUUGUGAUGAACAAUGUACACUACAUUGUGCAGAAGGUGAGGGGGAGUCCGGAGUUGAGGGAGAUGAUUGGGGAUGAUUAUUUGAAGAAGCUCACCGGAAAGUUCCGGCAGGCAGCGACGAGCUACCAAAGGGCAACAUGGGUGAGGGUGUUGUAUUGUUUGAGGGAUGAGGGGUUGCAUGUGAGUGGGGGGUUUUCUUCUGGGGUGUCCAAGAGUGCUCUGAGGGAGAGGUUUAAGACUUUCAAUGCCAUGUUUGAGGAGGUUCAUAGGACUCAGGCGGUUUGGUUGAUACCGGAUUCGCAGCUCAGGGAGGAGUUGAGGAUAUCAAUAUCGGAGAAGCUGAUUCCGGCUUAUAGAUCAUUUCUUGGGAGGUUCAGGAGCCACAUAGAGAGUGCGAGGCAUCCGGAGAAUUACAUUAAGUACUCUGUUGAGGAGCUGGAGGAUGCUGUUUUGGACUUUUUUGAAGGGACUCCUGUUUCUCAGCACUUGAGGAGGAGAUCUGAAUGA